GCCCUGAGCCGAGGUCCUAAAUCAGCGCUUUGUUUGUAGAGACUCCAUUCGUGGACUCCUACUCCACCUCCUCUGCAGAGCAAAGCAGCAGAGUCCUGCAGCACCUCCGAAAGGCUUUGUGUAAACCGCACAGGACCGCGUUGGAGACCCCUCCAGAGCCAUGAAGCAUUUGUUGUUGUUGUUGGUGGUUUGGGCCUUGCCGCUGUCUCCUGGGCGGGCACAAAGCAGCAGGGCUAACUGCAAGCCAGUGGCCUCGGGCUUUUGCCAGGGUUUGGGAUACACCUCGACCCCUCAUCCGACCGGGGCGCCGGGCUUCAUCCUGCGGCAGAUCGCUCAGAUCGUGGAGACCUCCUGCUCGCCGAAGGUGGCCACGCUCAUGUGUCGGGUCGCCGUGCCCGAGUGUGGCCAUGAGGAGAGCAGCCAGAUGAAGCCGUGCAGGGCGCUCUGCGAGAAGGUCAAGAGCGACUGCGAGCCCGUCCUCAGGGUCAAGAGGCUGAGCUGGCCCACGAGGAUCCGGUGCGACGCUCUGCCGGCGUCCCGCUGCGUGCAGGGUCAAGACACCAGUGCGCCUCCUCCUCCUCCUCCUCCUCCUCCUCCCACGGCUUUGUGUGAGCCGAUCACCGUCCCUCUCUGCAGAGACCUCCCUUACACCGACACCGUCCUGCCCAACGUCAUGGGCCACACCACUCAGCGGGAGGCGGGGAUGGCUCUGCAGACGUACGGGCCGCUCAUCCAAGUCGAGUGCUCCGCCCAGCUGAAGCCUUUCCUGUGCUCCGUCUUCACGCCCAAGUGUGUGUCGGGGACGCCCGUGCCCCCCUGCAGGGGGCUGUGCGAGCAGGCGAGGGCCGGCUGUGAAUCCCUGAUGAACAAGUUUGGCUUCCAGUGGCCGGAAACCCUCCGGUGUGAAGCGUUUACCUCGGAGUCCUGUGAGAACGCUCACGACUUCGGUUUCACUCAACCGUCCGCUGCCUCGUGCCAGACGAUCACCGUCCCUCUCUGCAGAGACCUCCCCUACACCGAGACCGUCCUGCCCAACGUCCUGGGCCACGCCACGCAGGAGGAGGUGGCGACGGCGGCGUUUCAGUUUGCGUCGCUGGUGAGGCUGGGGUGCUCCACCCACCUGAAGCCUUUCGUGUGCUCCGUCUACACCCCCGAGUGCGUGUCGGGAACGCCCCGGACUCCCUGCAGGACGGUCUGCGAGCACGCGCAGUCCGACUGCCAAUCCCUGAUGAGCAAGUUUGGCUUCCGGUGGCCGGAUUCCUUGAAGUGUGAUGCGUUCACCACCGAGUCCUGUGAACACUACGGCGUGGGCAGCGGCGGAGGGAUCUGCGAGCCCAUCACCAUUCCGAUGUGCCAGGGCCUGUCCUACAACCAGACCAUGUCCCCGAAUCUCCUGGGACACGCCAGUCAAAGAGAAGCGGUGGCGAAGAUGUCCUUUUUCAACGCGAUGGUGCAGACGAUGUGCACCGUGGACAUACGCCUGUUCGUGUGCGCGGUGUACGUCCCCCCGUGUCUGGUGGGGGAAGUGCAGCGGCCCUGCAGGUCCUUCUGCGAGAGGGCCAGACGGGGCUGCGGGGCCUUCAUGGCGAGCUUUGACGUUUCCUGGCCGGCCGAGCUGCAGUGCGACUCGUUCCCAGUGGACAAAUGUGUAUCGGAAGACAGCAGGCCUGACAUGUUAAAUACUGAAGGACUUCUCGCCAAGCUGAUCGCCGGGGGCUACUCUGUUCGUGGCAACACGCUGAGUCUCAAGACAGCCCGCCUGCUGCUGACUCUCAUGGACGCGGACAAGACCGGAGACCUGAAUGUGGUGGAGGUGUUUAAACUGGAGCACCACGUGGCCGUUCUCCGGAGGGAGUAUGUGGAGAGCUACGAGGGGAGGAACCCACCCUCCGUCACCAAAACUCAAAUGAAAAAGGCUCUGUCUCUCCGCGAAUUCCAUGUAGACGAGGAAAGCUUCAGAGUUCUGUGGGACGAGAACCGAUCAGCGGGCGGAAUCGACUACGAUGAGUUUGUGGCCGUCCUGACGAAACUUCAGAUCCUCAGAGAGCGCUUCCAGGCUCACCGGCUGAGUUUGCCGUGCGACUGCCACGUCGCAAGCUUCUCCUUCGAGCAGUUCAUGAAAUCAGCGAUAAUCUGAAGAUUAACCCGCAGGAGAGAAAUUAGGGGUGAACGUCUUUAGAGGUGUAAGGACCACAUGUGGUUAAGGAUCAUCAUCAUCAUCAUCAUGAACCUUAAAGUUUAGGAACAGAAGUUUAUAUUUCGUCAGUUUCUGUGUGUUUGUGUGUUUUCAGAUCACAUGUAUGACUUAUGUAAUGUUGUUUCUUCUCACUUACAUUAAAACAAUUAUGUGAUGAAA